UAAUAUCCUUCAUGUUAAUGUAACCAGUUUACCUGAAACCUAACAUGGGCGAGUGUGGAGCAUUUCCUCAUUAUUCCCCGUAUGGUACUAGAAAACCAUGCAAAUCACCUUCUGGACAUGACAUACAAUGUGAUUAUGUUCCUGUUCUCUAUACAUUUAGAGUUCCAGUUUCAGCCCGAAAUGUGAUUCCCAUUGCGGAAAUAAAGAGUCAAUAUGUAAAAUGUCCACCAUUUUAUUUACAAUUAGACCAUACGUUGGGUGUAAUAUGGAGUCUAUAUUCAAAGACUGCAGUCGACGAUAUGUCCUUAGGAAUCGCUCAAUUACAAUGGGCACUUAAUUUCUUAGAGGGCAUAUACGAUGAAAACAGUGUACAUCCACAAGACGUAGCGAUUUGCAUUGAAGCAAUUCAAGAAGAAUUAAUUCAGGAAUAUGCUCAAAUAGCGGAUGUCAUAAAAGAAGGUGAAACAUCUCAAGCUGCAGAAACUGCAGAAGGUGGAAAACCACAAGCAGCAGAGGGCGAUUUGGAAGUAUGCGAGGAGGAGCCGGAGAAACUGCCAUUUUCAGUUAAUUAUGAGGAAAUGUCGAAAAAUCUCCCUAGCCGUAUUGGACAAUUUUUGUCGUUUAGAAAGCCAUCAAUAGUUCUUACUGGCGAAGAAAUGGACAUGGAAAUAGAAAAAAUUAAUGAAACCUACAACGAAUGUACAAAGCUUGGCAAAAAAUGUCCACUUUAUUCGAGGGAUAGCCUAAUGGAUUUCCUAAAAUCGUGGCGAAAAGAACAAAUUGAAAAAAUACAAGUGGAAAUUAAGAGAUUACAAUCAAUUGAAUCGUUUCUUUGCAAUGCGGAUAAUGCUGAAUUUCCUCCUCUGGAUGAUAUUUUGAAAUCGGAAUGUAAAGAUGAGGGAAAAGAAGAGUAGCACUGAUUUGAAUUACAAAUUGGUUAAGUUCGCUUAAGUUUCUGUUUUUAGCAGAUACUUGACCAUAAAACUUCUACUAUUUAACUUGUAAAAAUAAAAAAGGGAAAAAUAAUUAUUUGUAACCAAAUAUUUUAAAAACAAUUACAAGAAGGACAAUUAAAUGUAUCUAUUGAUAAAAUAAAACGAAAAUUCUUUCAAACCAAA